UUCCGCCACCGAAGCUUCUCAGUACGGUGCUUCGAAGUCAGACGUCAAAUCGGGGACCGAAAAUAGUAGUGUGGGCGGGAGGGCAGAGGGACAGAGGCGGAGGGGAGGCACAGCUCCCCACCCUACCUUGCCGGGGCUACGGAGAAGGCCGGCCACGCCUCCGCCUCCUCGUGACGUCACUCCCGCGCCGCUGUUGGUGUGUCCCGUCUGCUUCGCACGCUCUUUGCAGUCUUACGGGUUGUCCUUUCGACCCCUCUCCAGCCACUCCUCCCGGGGGUCCAGCGGCCCGGGGGCCCAAUUCGCGUCCCGAAAGCUGGAGAGCCGCGGACGCAGAGGGGCGUGUGUGCAGCCCCGGGCGGGCUCCGGAAGGGCAGGCUACGCGUGGCUGAGGAGGCGAGGGCAGAGCACCGCUGUUUGCGGAGCCUCGCAGCGCGGCGCAGGAAUUGCUUCAUCAUGAGAAAUCUAAAAUUACUUCGGACCCUGGAGUUCAGGGAUAUUCAGGCUCCAGGGAAACCUCAGUGCUUUUCUCUCCGAACUGAACAGAGGACAGUGCUCAUUGGCUCAGACCAUGGACUGAUAGAAAUAGACCCUGUCACAAGAGAAGUGAAAAAUGAAAUUUCUUUAGUGGCGGAAGGCUUUCUUCCAGAGGACGGAAGUGGCUGCAUUGUUGGCAUUCAGGACUUGCUGGAUCAGGAGUCUGUGUGUGUGGCCACAGCCUCCGGAGAUGUCAUACUCUGCAAUCUCAGCACAUGCCAGCUGGAAUGUGUGGGGAGUGUGGCCAGUGGCAUCUCCAUCAUGAGUUGGAGUCCUGACCAAGAACUGGUGCUUCUUGCUACAGGUCAACAGACUCUAAUUAUGAUGACAAAAGACUUUGAGCCCAUCAUGGAACAGAAGAUCCAUCAGGAUGAUUUUGGUGAAAGCAAGUUUAUCACUGUGGGAUGGGGCAGGAAGGAGACGCAGUUCCAUGGAUCAGAAGGUCGGCAAGCGGCCUUUCAGGUGCAAAUGUACGAGUUGGCUUUGCCCUGGGAUGACCAUAGACCACAAGUGACCUGGCGUGGUGACGGCCAGUUUUUUGCUGUGAGUGUUGUUUGCCCAGAGACAGGAGCCCGGAAAGUGAGGGUAUGGAACCGAGAGUUUGCUUUACAGUCCACCAGUGAGCCUGUGGCAGGACUGGGACCAGCUCUGGCUUGGAAGCCCUCAGGUAGUUUGAUUGCAUCCACACAAGAGAAACCCAGUCAGCAGGAUAUCGUGUUUUUUGAGAAAAACGGCCUUCUUCAUGGACAUUUUACACUUCCUUUCCUCAAAGAUGAGGUUAAGGUAAACGGCCUGUUCUGGAAUGCAGAUUCCACUGUGCUUGCAGUUUGGCUGGAGGACCUUCAGAGGGAAGAAAAUUGCGCUCUAAAAACCUAUGUGCAGCUCUGGACUGUUGGGAACUACCACUGGUAUCUCAAGCAAAGUCUGCCCUUCAGCACCUGUGGGAAGAGCAAGCUGGUGUCUCUGAUGUGGGACCUGGUGACCCCGUACCGGCUGCAUGUUCUCUGUCAGGGCUGGCAUUACCUCUGCUAUGACUGGCACUGGACGACUGACCGGAGCUCAGGAGAUAAUUCGAGCGACAUGGCAAACGUGGCUGUCAUUGAUGGAAGCAGGGUACUGGUGACGGUCUUCCGGCAGAGUGUAGUUCCACCUCCCAUGUGCACCUACCGGCUGCUGCUCCCACACCCUGUGAAUCAAGUCACGUUCUCUGCACACCCCCAGAAGAGUAAUGACCUCGCGGUCCUAGAUGCCAGUAACCAGAUUUCUGUGUAUAAAUGUGGUGAGAGUCCAAGUGUGGACCCUACGGUGAAGCUGGGAGCUGUGGGUGGAAAUGGAUUUAAAGUUUCUCUUGGAACACCUCAUCUGGAAAAGAGAUACAAAAUUCAGUUUGAGAAUGGUGAAGAUCAAGAAGUAAACCCAUUGAAGCUCAGCCUUCUCACCUGGAUUCAGGAAGAGGUUUUCCUGGCUGUAAGCCACAGUCACUCCAGCCCACAGUCUGUCAUUCACCAUCUGACUGUGAUGCCUUCUGUGACGGAUGAUGAGCCCGGACAGCUCAGUAUUAGUUCAUCUGUGGCAGUGGAUGGAGUCAUAAUCAGUCUGUGUUGCAGUUCCAAGACCAAGUCAGUAGCACUGCAGCUGGCUGGUGGCCAAAUGCUUAAGUACCUUUGGGAGUCACCCUCUCUGGCUGUUGAACCAUGGAAGAACCCUAGUGGAUUUCCUGUUCGGUUUCCUUAUCCUUGCACACAGACUGAAUUGGCCAUGAUUGGAGGAGAGGAAUGUGUCCUUGGUCUGACUGACAGAUGCCGCUUUUUCAUCAGUGACACUGAGGUUGCUUCAAAUAUCACAUCGUUUGCUGUAUAUGGUGAAUUCUUGUUGUUGACAACCCAUUCCCAUACCUGCCUGUGUUUUUGCUUGAGAGAUGCUUCAUUUAACACAUUACAUGCAGGUCUGAGCAACAACCACGUGUCUAAAGGGGAAUCUCUGCGGAAGGUGGAGAGGGGUUCAUGUAUUGUCACCGUUGUGCCCCAGGACACCAAGCUUAUAUUACAGAUGCCAAGGGGAAACUUAGAAGUUGUUCAUCAUCGAGCUCUGGUUUUAGCUCAGAUUCGGAAGUGGCUGGACAAACUUAUGUUUAAAGAAGCAUUUGAAUGCAUGAGAAAAUUGAGAAUUAAUCUCAAUCUGAUCCAUGACCAUAACCCGAAGGUAUUUCUUGAAAAUGUGGAAACCUUCAUAAGACAGAUAGAUUCUGUAAAUCAUAUCAAUUUGUUUUUCACAGAAUUGAAGGAAGAAGAUGUUACAAAGACCAUGUAUCCUCCACCGGUUACCAGCACUGCCCAGCUGUCCAAGGAUCCUGAUGGGAAAAAAGUAGACCUUAUCUGUGAUGCUCUGAGAGCAGCCAUGGAGAGCAUAAACCCUCACAAGUACUGCUUGUCAAUACUCACCUCUCACGUGAAGAAAACAACCCCAGAACUGGAAAUUGUGCUGCAGAAGGUACACGAGCUUCAAGGCAGUGCUUCGCCUGUUCCCGAUGCUGUGAGUGCUGAAGAAGCCCUGAAGUAUUUGCUGCUUCUGGUAGACGUUAAUGAAUUAUAUGAUCAUUCUCUUGGGACGUAUGACUUUGAUUUGGUCCUCAUGGUAGCUGAGAAGUCACAGAAGGAUCCCAAAGAAUAUCUGCCAUUUCUUAAUACACUUAAGAAAAUGGAAACCAAUUAUCAGCGGUUCACCAUAGAUAAAUACUUGAAGCGAUAUGAAAAAGCCAUUGGGCACCUCAGCAAAUGUGGACCCGAAUACUUCCCAGAAUGCUUAAACUUAAUAAAAGAUAAAAACUUGUAUAAGGAAGCUCUGAAGUUAUUUCCAUCAGACUCGCAGCAAUACAAGGAGAUCAGCAGUGCUUAUGGGGAACACCUGACACAGGAGCACCUCUACGAGCCAGCAGGGCUCGUGUUUGCCCGCUGUGGUGCCCAUGAGAAAGCUCUCAGUGCCUUUCUGGCCAGUGGCAGCUGGCAGCAAGCUCUCUGCAUGGCAGCCCAACUUAACUGGACCAAAGACCAGCUGGCUGGCCUCAGCAGAACUCUGGCAGGAAAGCUGGUUGAGCAGAGGAAGCAUGGUGAUGCAGCCACAGUCUUGGAACAGUACGCCCAGGAUUAUGAAGAAGCUGUGCUCUUGUUAUUAGAAGGAGCUGCCUGGGAAGAAGCUCUGAGACUGGUAUACAAAUACAACAGACCAGAUAUUAUAGAAACCAAUGUAAAGCCUUCCAUUCUAGAAGCCCAGAAGAAUUAUGUGGCACUUCUGGAGUCUCAGACAGCCACAUUCUGUCGCCAUAAACAACGUUUAUUGGUGAUUCGAGAGCUCAAGGAGCAAGCACAGCAGGUGAACCUGGAUGAUGAGGUGCCCCAGGGUCCAGAGUCAGACCUCUUCUCUGAAACUAGCAGUGUCCUGAGUGGCAGUGACAUGAGCGGCAGAUAUUCCCAUAGCAACUCGAGGAUAUCAGCGCGAUCGUCUAAGAAUCGCCGCAAAGCGGAGAGGAAGAAGCAUAGCCUCAAAGAAGGGAGUCCACUAGAGGAUCUGGCCCUUUUGGAGGCACUGAAUGAAAUCGUACAGAGCACUGAAAAAUUGAAAGAUGAAGUAUACCAGAUUUUAAAGGUGCUCUUUCUGUUUGAGUUUGAUGAGCAAGGAAGGGAACUACAGAAGGCCUUUGAAGAUACUCUCCAGCUAAUGGAAAGGUCACUUCCAGAAAUUUGGACUCUCACCCACCAGCAGAAUUCAGCUACGACGGUUCUAGGUCCCAAUGCUACUGCCAAUAGUAUCAUGGCCGCUUACCAACAACAGAAGACUGCAGUUCCUGUUCUUGAUGCUGAGCUUUUGAUACCCCCAAAGAUCAACAAAAGAACCCCGUGGAAACUGAGCCUUCUAGAGUGACUGACCCCAGUUAGGAGGACCCCAGCAGAGACUGUUUUCCUUCCGCUCCUCACUCCUUGAGGCCUGGCUGUUGGGAACUGGGAAGAGUAAGACAAUAAUCUACCUUAGCAUUGUAGAGAGCUGCUCUAUACAGCAGACCUAAGCAGACACCAAGCAGUUCCAUUUUAUGUUAUUUUGUGCCUAACUUUAAUCAUUAGCAAAACUUUAAGCUCUAACCAAUGUAGCAUCAGUUUGUACAAAUUACUGUUCUUUUGUUUAGUGCUGUGUGAGAGCAUUUUUUUGGUAUUUAUGGUAAUCACAAGAUUGGCUUUCAUACCUAGCUACAAGUCUGAUUCAUUUUGGGACCUUAGAUAAGUCACAUAAUUGAUUUGUGCCUCAGUUAAUUGGGAAUAAUGUUUCAUGGCUUCUCCCUCAAAAAUGUGAGGAAAAGAAAAUAAUGUUUUUAAAUUGUGUUAUGUACCUGGAGGAGAGCAUUAUAUAUAUACACAACGUGGCUGUUCUAUCAACAUGUAGUGACGCUUAAUCACUUAAAUGACUUCUUCACCUUGAGCUAAAGCAGAAUAUAAAGCUAAAUAUAUCCUUUGAAAUUCUCAGCAUUCCUAUGCUGAGAGCUGUUAUCUUGUAAUGUCUUACCAGGUUAUGUGCUUCUAGUUAGUUACAACUGCAUUGAGCUCCUGUCACUACAGUGUUUACAGGGACUCUCUUUACUGCCUGUGAAUUUUCUGCUAGAGAGUUAGUAGUGUCAGAGCUGGAACAGAUGAGAAUUUCUGUAACAGUAUCAGGCACAUUUGGUAUGGUGAGCAGUGUACACAGUUGUAAGUUACUCCUUUUUCUCCAAAUAAUUGCUGCUUUUAACUAAAAGGUUUUUUCUGUCAGUGUCUAGGCCAUUUCAUUUAUUUUUCUUUAUGGUGCUUCACUGAUCUCUGUCUUUUAGUUAUUUUCUUUGGAAAAAGUGAGGGUGUUUUCUUUUGGGUAAAUCUAGAAAAAGCUCAGUUCAUUUAGACAGCAGUUUUGUGGCUGAUGUUUGGGUAAGGUUAAAAUUUUCUUCCAUGCUUUUAGUACCAGAACAAGACCUUCAUGACUGCACAUGAACUGAGAAUGCUGCCUUCGGUCCUUGGAAUGUGGAUAUGCCCAGAAUUGUAAUGAAAGAUGGUCCCUGAGUAGCAUGGUGUUGACUGUAGAAUCUAGGUGUGUUUGCUGGUGUAAUUAAGCUUUCCUAUGUGUCUGAAAAAUUUCACAAAGUAACAUUAAAAAAAAAUAUCUCCUGCCUUGUA